ACUUGUGAUUGUCUUCCUGGCAAUGAGGGACGUUUGUGUCAGUACGAAGUGUUAGAUCCUUGCAUACUUCCUCUUAGAACAGGUGAAUUAAGUUCUACCUUCUAGUCAAAGAUUAUCACAUUAAUAUAGGAACAUUUGUUUCAAAAAAUUUACUUUAAAACUCAAUUACAUCAUUUCCCCGCUCACAAAAUCAGGGACAUAAAUCCACUUAAUCAUAAACUCAGUGACACACAAUCCCUCAUUCACAAACUUAAUAACAUACAUUCUCCAUUAAAAAACUUAGUGACAUAGCUUUCCCCUUACUUCAACUAUAUCAAUAUCAAUUAUUUAUACAGUUGUGAUUACCUUUUCUGCAUUAGAAGAGUCACUUGGACCAUAUCAAUCAUAACAUCUUCUACAUCCUUCUAGGAUCAUGUGUCAGCAGAGAGACACGUUGGUACUACAAUCAACAAACAGGUCACUGUGAGACUUUUGUUUACCUCGGAUGUGGUGGCAAUGCCAACAGUUUCCCCACCAUCCUUGAGUGCCAGGAUCAGUGUGUCAAAGGGGCU